AGGGAUGCUUUCGAGGCAGCAAUGGCUCCCGUGCUUGAGUCUCAGCAGAACCCGGCGGGCAAUAUAAAUGUAGACUGCUGAACUCCGAACAACAUCUGACAAACAGGUCUGAACACUCACGAUGUCUGGACAGCAAUCGCUUGACACCUUCCCGGCGGCUCUGGAAGACGCGUAUAACAAGGGCACCUCCGCCUGUGGUGGACGCAUACCAAUUCUUCUUGAUACAAAGGAUGCUUCAGGGCAUGACCCAGAAGUGGGGACUCAAGUGUCUGAUCAUGACCAAAUCAUCGCGACGAAGCCAGUCACGAUUCGCUAUGGACCACCAGGGCAAGGCCAGGUGUUGAUGCUUCCGACUGACACAAGCACCGAUACAGCUUUCACCAGUCUGAUCAGCUCAUGUGAGCCUGCUGCGUUCGGUCGAGGGGGCGAAAAUGUGUACGAUGAGCAGUACCGCAAAGCAACAAAGCUGGAUGUUUCGGACCGCUGCACAGAUUUCUGCCCUUACCAGACGGGGAUCAUCGAUAUUGUUUCACAACUUCUCAUGCCUCCUGUCAAGCAAAAAUCGGUCGUACCUGUUCCAGUGACGCAGCCAGCCACUCUACCAGGACAUAUCGAGCCUAACACGAGAGCCUUGCAUGUUGCACUCGCUGGAUACACUAUCCUGCAGCUGUACGAGCAGAUGUUUGGGCGCAAUCUGGAGAAGGUGUUGGAGCAUAGACUUAGCGAUCCCGAUCUAGUUCUCCUGGACAUCAGAGCAGAAGCGUCAGCGCAUGCUCGUGCUGAGAACGUUUCCGAUAAUACCGAUGUUGAGAUCGAAUCAACAACACUCGGCAUCAGAGCAGAACUCUGCAAGCUCAACAUUUACAGUGGACCUUCUGGCCGGUUCAAGGCUCACGUAGAUACUCCCAGAAGUGAGACGCAGAUCGGCAGCCUUGUUAUUUGCCUGCCCUCUGAGUCUGAGGGCGGCAAAUUGUCCGCGACGCACCAGGAAAACACUGUCGAGUUCGACUGGUCAAGGUCUUCUUCUGCAAACCAGACACCCUCUAUUCACUGGGCUGCGUUUUAUUCCGAUUGCUCUCAUGAGGUACAGGAGGUCACCGCUGGUCAUCGUGUUACUUUGACGUACAACCUGUAUGCUUCGCGUGGCAGUGGUCUACUCGCAGGCGGACAACACAGCAUGGACGCCACGCGUCUUCCAUUGUAUCAACCGCUGAUCGACCUACUCCAAUGUCGUACUUUCAUGACUACAGGUGGCCGAGUGGCGAUUGGUCUGGCUCACGCGUAUCCAUACACCCAUGGUCUUCUGUAUUGUAAUAUGCCUCGUGCUCUCAAGGGAGCAGAUAUGAUGCUGUACGAGACCUUGUUGAGACUGAAGCUUGAUGGGGAAUUUGUUCGUGUGAUGGACUUGACAGAGGAGCUGACUGAACAGAGGAUGAAUGAAAGAUACGGGCUCGACGACAGCGAUGGUGAGACAGAUGGAGUGAAUAAGAUAGUUUCCUCGUUCGCUUCGCACUCGCAAAGAUUACCGGAUUAGGCAGGGUCGGGACAUCGGCGAGAUGUUGUUGCGACAGCGGGAUGUCGUUGGACCUCGGACGACUGGGCUUGGCCUCUAAUAAUUUCAAAGCAAUAGGCGAUUUCUCGAGUAACAUUCGACUCGGCGCUGGUCUUGUUGUUCGAGGAGUAGCUUUGGCAUUCGUCAUUCCGAUCACAAUAUCAAUGGCCACGGCUUCAGGAGCGGCGCUAGUUCGGAAGAGUGUGUUUGGUGCCGGCAGUCGUUGUGUAUAUAAAGCCCGCCGGCCCGCGCUACAGAAGCGUUUCCAGACCACUCAAUCUGCAUAUUCUACCACAUCUCCUCUCGAAGCCUCUCCGAGUCUGACUCUCCCCCCACCUCGCUCCCGUACCUCCCGUGUCCUCGG